CCCUCACACCCCUCGCACCUUUGUGAGCCGAAAACGAGGUCGAAAAGGGUGGAGACUGACACUCGGCCUCUUUGCCAAUUAUCGAACGCGCUUUUUGUGCUGCUUGGACUCCAGAGGCUAUUUUUUCCUUUGCUCGCGGUGACCUCAAUACGCGCGUCUUAGUCAGUCAGUCAGUCAGUCAGUCGCACAGAGGCUAGACUACAGUCGCCAUCCACCCGCGCGAUCGAUCUUGCCUAGCACAAAGGAAAAAACAAGACAAUUCGGUCUGAAAUAAGUGUGCGGCAGUUCCGGCGAUAAAAAUGUCGCACAGCGUAACUGUCACUCGCACCACCACCACAACAACCACCUCUGCCAUCCUCAUCAACACUGGCUACUUCAAGGCCGCGCCAGGACUUCUCAAACUUGGAGAACUGAUUGUGGGCACGGUGAUCAUUGGGCUGGUCGCAACGACCCUUUCGCGCUACCACAACUACUACUCGUCGGGGAAUGAAGAGCUAUUUUUCUUCGUGACAGCAUGUGCUUGCGUAAUAGCCACGGGCUGUCUUCUCAUCUCCUGCCUACUCUCCAUCUCCACGGCCAGCAUCAUCAGCAAGACGAUUUUUCUGCCCCUGCUACUGGUGCCACUCACCCUGAUGAACCUUUUGUCCGCCGUCCUGCUCCUGUUCACGGUGAUCUCGCGCAACCACGGCCACAAAGUCACAGAGGACUUGUACUCCACCAGAAUCCAAGCAGCUAUCUUGGGUCUGAUCAACACGAUCCUAUACCUGGCUAGUACUAUUUUGGCCUACAAGUCGUACAGAGGAGGAUAAAAAGUUGUUCCGCACUGGAGGAAUGGAAAAUUUUCAUCUCUCUGAAAUUGUAUUUUUGCUGUACUUAUUCUUGGAAUCGGAUCUGCUUGAAUAAUUGUGGCCUUGUCAUGACAGAAUAUUGAUGUGUUCAUUUUCAUAUUUACACUUAUAAGCACAAAAAGAACUAAAGUAUUAUAAAAACGUACAUUUUUAAAUAAGUUUAUUUAAACAAAAUACCAGAAAAUAUAUUUUGAAAAUUCUUGCGAUGCUUCACACGAUUAGCUACUAGCAAUGUCGUCCUCUCUUUUUUCGUUAAAAAAUAAAAGUUGCGACGAUUUAUCUGCUUAAGGGACAAA